AGCUUACACUUGUUUCUGACACAGCUGUGUUCGCUAGCAACCACACAAACAGACACCAUGUCGUUUCUGAGUGCUGAGGAGAAGGGUCUGGUCAAUGGCCUGUGGAGCAAGGUGAACGUGGAUGAAGUUGGCGGUGAGGCCCUGGGCAGGCUGCUGGUUGUCUACCCCUGGACUCAGAGGUUCUUUCAGUCCUUUGGGGACCUGUCUUCUGCUGAUGCCAUUAUGAGCAACAGUAAGGUGAAGGCCCAUGGCAAGAAGGUGCUGAACUCCUUCAGUGAUGGCCUGAAAAACAUCGACGACCUCAAGGGCACCUUUGCUAAGCUCAGCGAGCUGCACUGUGACAAGCUGCACGUGGAUCCCGAGAACUUCAGGCUCCUGGGCAACGUGCUGGUGUGUGUGCUGGCCCACCACUUUGGCCAUGAUUUCAACCCCCAGGUGCAGGCUGCCUUUCAGAAGGUGGUGGCUGGUGUGGCCAGUGCCCUGGCCCACAGAUACCACUGAGCUCCCUUCUUGCUUUCCAGGGAAAGUCCCUUGGUCCCUGGACCCUAAUACCUGGACAUGUCUAAAUCAUGAAAUUCUUUGAACAUCUGGCUCCUGCCUAAUAAAGAAUAUUUAUUUUCAUUGCA